CCUAGGGUUUACUAGUUAAGUACAACAUAAAGUAUUAGUUUUAUUUCAAUGGAGUAUAGAAUUUAGAUGUAUAGUGCAUGUUUUAUUUAAACUAUUUUUUGAAUAAAUAGUCUGUGCGUGCAGUUAUUCUUCCUAAAUGUAAAAAUAUUCAGUUUAUGUGCUCUGUUUUCAUAAUCUCUCUAACCCCAAUGGGUUCUUCUGAUUUCCUCAUAAGCCUACAACUUAAAGAGAUAAUUCUGUAAAGUAACUAAAUUUGGCAUGUUAAAAAUGAAUGAGGUUGAAAGUCAAGCUCAAGAACUACUUCGCCAUAAGGAAUGGUUAUCUGCACUUGGACUGUUUGAUCAGUUAUUAGGGUAUGCUGCUGUGAAAGGAACUUCAAAGGAAAGAUUAGUUGGUUACUUGUUAGGUAGAUCUGAGUGCUGUUUAGAACUGGGUCGACAUGAAGCUGUUGUUUCUGAUUGUCGCAAAAUCAUUAAACUGUUGGGUGGAGUCGAAAGUGGCAAUAAUUGUGGUGCAAGGGCUCGAAGAAGACUAGUUCAUGCUUUGUUUACAUUGAGGAGAUUUGCCGAGGCUGAAGCAGCAACUGCUGAGUGGAUAGCAUCUAGUGGCGGUAUGACAAGUACAAACUCUGAAGCUGUCAAAAUGCUUGAAAGAGUUCGAAUAGGAUUGCAGAUGGCCAAUGGUCAAAAGAAUGUCAGUAUGAAAGGUGUGGCACAAGUAGUGCCUCAGCAUCACCGAAUGGAAGAAGAGAUUCUCACAAUGGAUUGCAGACUAGAAUCACUCUUUAACCCAGCAAUGGAUGACAGGCCAAGGAGAAAUCGGAAACAUCCUGUAGAACUUAUUGGCGAGUCAAGUGGAGUUGAGCAGAGUACACAAAAUGUUGAUUUUCAGCAACAAAUUUUGAACGUGAAUCAUAUUCCCUUUGAGUUAACUAAUAUUCCGUUUAUGGAUCCAUUGCGAAUGAACUGCAUCCAACCACAAAUGGUUGAUCAUAUGGCUGCAUUGAGAAUCGCUGAAGAAGUAAAAACAAUGCCUCCGAACCCUCAUCAUCAGCAGAUUCAACAACAGUUGCAACAACAACAAAUCCAACAGUUGCAACAACUUCAGCAACAACAGUUGCAACAACAGAUUCAACAACAACAGAUUCAGCAGCAGCAACAGAUUCAGCAGCAACAUCAGGUUCAGCAGCAACAACAGGUUCAGCAGCAACAGGUUCAGCAUCAACAACAACAUCAACAACAACAGCAGCAGCAACAACAGCAGCAGCAUCCACAACAAAUUGUAGGAAGAAAUGGCUUAUCUUGCACUUAUUGCUGCCUCACGUUUUCUGACAAAAACGAUCUCCGUAACCACUGUCAGACGGAGAGUCAUCAGAGGGUGAUUAUGUCUGAUGAAGGCAGGGAUUGGAAGUGGCGGCCUCCACCUAGAGGAUACACCUCAGAAAACUACACGCUGUGUGAGUCUUGGGCAGACAGCGGUGUGUGUAGGUACGGUGCUCAGUGUGUGGAGGCUCAUGGGCCUCAGGAACUACAGGAGUGGCGCGAGCGCUUUGAGUACCGACGGAUGAAACUGCAGCGAGCCAGCGAGAAGGAGUUGUACGGCAAGUCGUACACAGAACAGCUGCUUGAGAGAUGGGUACAGUCAGCAAGUCCUGACAGAGUGAUGAGAGAGAGAGUUGAUGAAGUGGAUGACAACUGCAGCAGUGAUCUAACCACCACAGUCAGUACCAAGAGUAGUGAACACGAUUGGACCUUCACCCUGCAUACAGUAUUGCCACUACGAGCUGUUGCUUUGCUCCAGGAUGCCCAUAGAAAUCACUUUCACCUCAAGUUCAUAUCAACAACUGGAGCCCAAUCGGGCAAAACACUAGUCAAUAUGGAGCUUAACAACGGACAAGAAUGGACCUGUUCUGGUGACGAAGUUAAUGAGUUGAAUGAAACACUAGAACAUGUGGUGAAAGUAGGGUUUACCACGGACAUCUUCGGCACCUUUCGUCAGUCAUUGGUGUUUGACGUUGGCAAUGAACCAGUUCUCGUCAAACACCUCUGUGUUGAUGUUAUCCCAGUCACAGAUGCUGAUAAGAUCAAGGAAAUUAAAAAGGAGCUUGUGCUAUCAACGGCUGAGAGAUGGGACAAGUCAGAUGUCAAGAUUGUUACGUUCACUUCUCCUGUGGUGAUGAUGUCGUCAACCACAGACAACGCAAGGGAGUUGGAACUGCUGGCCGCUUACCCAAUGCCACGAGCCGAGACGUUCACUCUGACCCAGUCCACCAUCAGUGAGAAGAAGCUGACGCGCAAUAACUACCGAGCGAGAAUGCACGAACUGCUAUGUGUAGAGGAGAUGGCUAGAUAUGAGCAGGUGGCGAGGUAUAACCUAAGUACCCGACUGAAGCUGGCCAACUGUUAUUUGCUGUCGCCCAGUGGUGUUGCCGCCUCCACUGCCAAGUACGCCCACAACGGAGAGUUGUUUGCCCUCAUGACGCUCGGCAAGGACAUCUCGGAAGACACCAGCGCCGGGAGACUCAUACUCAACAACUGCAGUACUGUGUUGCUGUCCCCUCCCUUACCAGAUGAUGAAAACCAAAGUGAAUUGGACAAAAAUGGUGAAAAAAAACCAAAAAGGACUGUUUACGAAGCUUUGAUUGAAGACAAGGGCAAGAAUGUAAUUUACCUCAGAUUAUCUGCACCCACUGUGUCCAUGUUGGAAUUAAAGAAUGACACAGAGUUUACAAUGGAAGUGCAGUUCCAACUGAAUCGAGUCCCGUACUGUGAGUGGCACCACGCCAUAGACAAGAUUGCCGACUUUAGAAUCAUAUUUCCAGAGACCUUCAUGGAACCCACAAUUCCAUGGACCCCACAAAGCAGGCAGUGGAGUGAAACUUUGGACGCUAAACUUAACUUGAAGCAGAAAGAAGCAGUGGUUGCAAUCACUACUCCAGUCAGCAUCCCACUUCCUCCUAUACUCAUCAUUGGUCCAUUUGGCACCGGCAAGACGUACACUCUGGCACAAGCCAUCAAAGAAGUGCUGCUGCAGCCAAACACUAGAGUGUUAGUCUGUACACACUCCAACUCUGCUGCUGAUCUGUACAUCAAGGACUACCUCCACCCCUACGUAGAGGCAGGUCACGAGGAGGCGAGACCACUCAGGAUAUACUACCACAAGCGCUGGGUCGCCACCGUCAACCAGACUGUACAGAAGUAUUGUCUGAUCGAGAACAACAAUGGAGUAAGAACAUUCAAGGUCGCUACGCUGCAAGAGAUCAUGAAACACCGAGUUAUCGUAGUGACCCUCUCCAUCUCCAUGAACCUGUCCAACAUCGGGCUAAACAAAGGACAUUUUUCACACAUUCUGCUGGAUGAAGCUGCUCAGGCCAUGGAGUGUGAGGCUAUCAUGCCUUUGGCUCUGGCUAACGAAGACACUAGAAUAGUCCUGGCAGGAGACCAUAUGCAGCUAAGUCCAGAGUUGUUUUCACAACUAGCCAAAGAACGUCAACUGCACGUGUCCCUGCUUGAACGACUUUACGACCACUACCCCCCAAACUUUCCUUGCAAGAUACUUCUCUGUGAGAACUAUCGAGCCCAUGAGGCCAUUAUUCAGUUUACUUCUGAGCUGUUUUACGACCAAAAACUGAUAAGCAGUGGGAAGCAACCAAAGCAUGAUAAGUUUUAUCCUCUAACAUUUUUCACCACUAGAGGAGAAGAUGUACAAGACCACAAUUCCACAGCGUUCUACAACAAUUCUGAGGUGUAUGAAGUAGUCGAGCGAGUAUGUGAGCUGAAGAAGCGGUGGCCAGUCGCGUGGGGCAAGCUGGACGAACACUCCAUUGGCAUCAUGACCCCGUACGCUGACCAGGUGUUCCGCAUACGCUCGGAGCUCAGAAAACGGAGGAUGGGUGGCAUAUCGGUGGAGAGGGUGUUAAACGUGCAAGGCAAGCAGUUCCGAGCGGUGUUCCUGUCAACCGUGAGGACGCGGCGGACAUGUGAUGCAGAUGCAGGUAACAAGAGCAGAGAUGAGAUGGACUACGGGUUCCUCAGCAACAGUAAGCUACUCAACACUGCCAUCACCCGGGCUCAGAGUCUGGUGGCUGUGGUGGGAGAUCCUGUAGCUCUGUGUUCCAUAGGUCGCUGCAGAAAAGUCUGGGAGCGUUUCAUAGAGAUCUGUAACAGCAACGACAGUCUGUACGGCAUCAAAUGGUCGUAUCUGCGGAGUUUACUCGAUGGCGUGGAGCUCAAAAAAACGUACACCCUGAACCCCCUAGCACCCGAGUUUAUUCCCAGACAGUUCCAGGCAGAAACAUACAUUCGGCUGCCGUCCAUUCUGGGCAUCGCUCCAACCAUGAGGUUUGUCGCACCAUAUCUCCCGCCCACCCCUAUCUACCCUGUGCCGCCCCACCCCGCCUACUUCCCGUCCUACCAGCCUCCACCCACAUCCUUCUACCCUCCCCGCCUGCCCCCGGCGCCGGGCCCCUGGGGUGUAAACUACCCACAGAUGGUGUCUCCGGGAGCUUGGGUCAAGAAGAAGCAGGAGCUGUCUCCCACUAGACGGGAGGAGGUUCGACCUCCGCCUGGGCUGGUGCCUCCACCACCUCGAGGUCCUGCUUUCUCUCAGCCUCAACUGGUGAGGCCUAGUCCUACGAGCCCUAACCAGAUGAUAGAGGCGGGGCCAUUUCUCCGCUCCCCCCCACUUGCCGCCCCCACCAUGAUGGAGCAACAGAGGCGGGUAACUUCUGCGUUUGACAAGGACCAGAUACAGUUCCUACACAAUGUACACUUCCCAGAGCGCCAGGGUAUCAACGGGUUGACAGUGAAUGGACUAACAUUGAACGGAUUGUUGCCCACGGACGUGUCUAUAGGAGAGUUGGCUGAGUCUCAACAGAAGCAGCUGGAAUGGUACUCUCAUCUGUUGGACACUGUGGGAGUGGACGCUGCUGUCAAAUUCUCUGAGUUGAUGGCCAUGGUACCACGCAAGCAGGCCGCUGUCCUGUCUGAGAUAAGAAGCGUAGACGACAUGUUUGCUGACAAAUUUACCAGCCAGCCCUUACCAAACGGUUUCACCCAUGUUCCACCGAUGAUUGAUGGGUUGGGAGCUCGGCCACACACUUGGUUCCUGGGAGAACUGCCCAAGGAUCAGCCACAGAUACUGCCUGUGAUAGACUGCACCAGUCUGCAACAUCAGCAGCAACUGCAGGCGUUGCAGAACCUGCAGAACCUGCGGCAGCAACAGCAACAACAACAGCAGCAACAACAGCAGUUGGCGACCUUAGCUGCGGAGGCCAGGUUUGACCUGGCCAGUCCGUGGGGCGUGGACACUGGAGCUACAAGCUCUGUUCCACUCUACCGUCGCCAACCGCAGAACCAGCUGCCAGACAACACAAUGAACGGUCUCAUUGGCGAAGAGAAGUCAGUCAAUGGUACUUCGGGAGCUUUUGCCGGCUACGCCAGGGCAGCCAUCAGUCUGCAGUCCAGGGAAAAUGGGGUUCACUCCAGGGACAGCAAUUCAUAUCAAGAUCCAGACUCUGGGGAUGAGUUGUUGGCAAACAUCCACCGGACGACGACCUACGCUAGUGUACUGCGCACGCAGGGCAAGUCUAACUCUAACUCUCCGACGGAGGAGAAAGGAGAUCCAUUUGCGGUUUUGAGGGAGUUGGGAAACAAGAGCACAACUUCGGGGCUAUAUCAUUACUUCUCUUAAGCUGCUCCCUCUUGGUCUAGGGGUCUUGGGCAACCCACAGUGAAUGUUACGCUUUUUAUUAUUCCUCUUUAUCAGUAUUUUCUUUCUUUCGAUUAUAAAUUUGCUUAGAUUAUUUUAAUGUUCAUUAAGUUUAUGUUAUAAAGUUUUGAAUGUAUAAUCUCAGGCAGCAGAAUGAUACAUUAGACACUCUUUUAACUGAUCAUCACUGGUCAGACCUAUUACAAAAAUAUUGGGAUCUUGCGAACAGGUUUUUAAUGAGAUGAGACCUCCCUCCCUACUAUAUAAACUUUGAUCGGGUAACAAUAAUUAUAUGUUUUUGAAUACUUAGCAUGAGGGAGAUGUUGAUUUAGCAGGUCUGUUGCCUGUUAGGCUAAUAAUACUCUGAUCUCAGAAGCGAGCUAGUAUAGUGGUAGGGCAGGUGGCAUCGGUCCCCGAGGUCCUGGUGUUAAAAUUCCAUCAAUCACCAAUUCAUUAUUUUAUCCAUGAGAUCAUUCAAUUCAAUUCCAUUUUUUAAGACAGCGUCUCUCAUUUUUGUUUGUUAUUCAAGCUGAUUAUUUUAUCCUGAACCAAUCUGUACCCGUUCUGGAGCUGGAGUCUUGCUGUAUAGGUGGGACAUUGUGAAAAUAGAAAAAAUACUCUGAUCUCGAGAUGGCUGGUUAAGAAAGAGUCUAAUGUUGAAAAACUCUCCAAAAUCUCUUUACAGACUUAACUUUUCAAUCUGUUCUGAACUAAUCGUCCAGUAGUGAAUAUUAUGAAUUUAGAUUAACCAUCAGUUAUUUGCCUAGUGGAGGAUAUGAUCGUAUUCAAUAUUAAUAAAUAAACGAGAAGUUAUCAAAUUGUAUUCACAUUUUUCUGAUGCAUUUUUACUUGUAGAGAUGUUAACAUCACUAACACAUCACUUGAGAGUCAUUUAUACAUUUCAUCAUCUAUAGUUCUUGUGGUAGUCCAUGAGGCCCCUAGAUUUCCUUUUAGCAUGUAUUUAUGUGUGUUACUGUACCAAGUAUCGUCGAGUUCUGUUUAUUGUAUGUAUUGUAAUUGUAUUAUAUAUAGAGUGAAACUAGUACUCCGCACAUCCCUUGUGUAAAAGAAAAAUAUGAAAAAUAUAAAAAAAAUUUGAAAAUAAAAAAAAUUAAAAAACUAUCUCCUUAGCCAAUGUAUUUGGUAAAUAGAUUAUUUUAUACUAUAGUUAAUCAACAUUAUAAUCACUGUAUGUAUUAAAUAUUAUAUUAUGUAUUUAAGAGAUUAGUUUUCAGUUAGUGAGAUUUUAUGUUCUAUCGAUGUUGUCAGAAACAAAUUAUAAAU